CUUGCCCACCUCUGUUCAAAAGGGAUGGAGCCUGAAGAUCUGCUGGAACUGAUGACCAAGCUAAUAACAGAGACUCCUGACCAGCCAAUCCCAUUUCUCAUAGACCAUCUUCAGUCCAAACAGGGGAACCGGGGUCAGCUUCAGAGAACGUUGUCAGGAUCUGCUGCUCUCUGGGCAGAAAGUGAGACAUCAGAAAACAGAGGAACAAGAAGAGAUUGCAGAGGUUAUGAUAAACCCUGGCAGGUAAAUGCAAAGAAACCUAAGAAGUCAAAGAGUGACCUUGCUGUGUCCAACAUUUCUCCUCCAUCACCGGAAUCCAAGUCAUUGCCAAGGUCAAUAGAACAUCCUAAAUGGGACUGGCAGACAAAACCAGAGAGCCAUGAGUUUGAUGAGUUAAAUCAUAUUCUUCAGGAGAGUAAGAAGCUGGGGAAAGCCCUUGAGAAUCUGUCUCGCAGCAUUGCUAUUUCUGAUGAACUUGAGAAGGACACAACAGGUUUUAAUGCUCCUCUUUUGAAACCUCGUGUGAUUGGAGAAUGGGUUGGUCGUGAGGAGAAUGAUGCAGAUCCACUGGCUGCGGAGAUGUUGCAACCUCCAGUACCAAGAAGUAAAAAUGAACAAUGGGAUAGUGAGGAUAGCAGCAGCAGUCCUGGAGGAAGUUUAAAGAUGGAGCCGAAGACCAAAGGAUUAAAACAGCAACAACAGCAACAUAAGAAGCUACUGGCUGCUAUGCUUUCCCAGGACUCUUUUGAUUCUGUCCAAAGCACAGCUCCCUCAGUGACAGAAGAAGAUAUUGACAAUGAAGAUGAUGCGAUGGAACUGCUAGAGGAUCUUGAUGAUUUAAGAAUGGAAGGAGUAACCAGUGUGAUGUCUUCUGGAAAUAAAUUUAACAAAACUCAGGCAAAGGUCACACUGAACAUCUGCGCAAGGUGUGCCAGACUGCAAGGGGAUAACUUGGCAGAAGAAGUCUCACUAGUUUCUCAGACACCCGAGCAAGCAGAAUUAGAUUCCAAUGCUUCAGUGGCUGGGGUGGAAACACUGAUGGAGGAUGCUGAUGAAUUUGAGAGUGCAGCUCAAAUAACAGGACCUCAUCAACCAGUUUGGGACUUGGCUGUUGCGUGUGACAGAAACGGAGAGUCCCCAAGCCAGAAACUCUUAAAAGACUCCUUAGCAGCAAAAGAUCUGCAGACCAUGGAAAAACAUCUAGCUGACAUUGAAAAGGACCUAGCACUCUGGGAAGAAGCAAGGCUAGCAAGAAGCCCCACUAGCCCACAUAUUCAGUUAGUUACAUCAAAUCAUCCAGGAAAUCUUCAAGCCACAGUGGGCCAAAAUUCAAGGUCUCAAACUGGGAAAAAUAUUCAGCUGCAGCUACAAGGAAACAAAUCACCACCACUCCCUGCUAACACCAGAGCGCAGGUUUCCAGCAUCUCAAACAAUAGGCCUCAGUCUCCUAAUAUGCAGAACAACAGGCCUUCAACACCGUCAACUCCAGGAAGCAGACCUGUAACCCCAAAUAGUUUGUUGACACGACCUCUUAUCUCUAGCAACCAGAGAAGUAAGGAAGGAAUACAAAGAAGCAGAUCUUUAACGUCUAAGAGUCAAAUUGGGAGGACCCUCGGCACUCCUUCAGGGCUAGCUGUACAAACGAGUGGAGAUGUUCUAGGAACUGUUCCUCAAAGAAUCAGUUUAUCAGAAUUUUUGGGGGAAUCAAAGUUAUAUGAAGAAGGAUUGAAAUCUGAAAAGAAAACAUGA